AUGGCAAACUUAACUCUCCUUGCAUUUAUUAUUUUUCCAUUUGUCACCACCCAGCCCGUAACAACCUUUACGGAAUCAAAUGUGCCCAUAGAGCAAUCAAGCACUUCAGAUGGAAACGCCACAACUACCUCCACGACCUCGAGUGCUCCAUCUGACGACGACGGUAUCGAUUAUCCUGACGACUAUGGCGAAGAUUACAAAGAAGCCGCUGAGAAUGAUGAUACAGGUGUACAUAUGGCAAUUGUUAAGCCUAAGCAUCUGCAGAAGAGACGCGCAGCCGAAUGA